GUAUGUUACACAUGUAACUCGAGCGGGCCACACGUGGUUGUGCAGGGCAUGAAUGGGCGAAGGGCGCGGGGUAGGGCCGCGGGGCGGUGCGGGACGCGCGACGCGGGGGCGGUAGGGCAGAGGCUUUUUUCAGGCAGUGGGUACCGCGACGCGGGCUGUGACGCUCGUCCUGUGAACUCUCGCGCGUGUUAGUGUCAGUGAAUAUCAAGGUGAAAUAUAUAACAAAAAUGUCCUCGGACCCGGCACCGUUGUCAAAAACUGCCAAAUAUAAGAAGAUAACGAAGCCCCUGUUGGAGCGCAAGCGGCGCGCGCGCAUCAACCGCUGCCUCGACGAACUCAAAGACCUCAUGGUCGGCGCUUUGGAGAUCGAUGACGACAACCUGAGCAAGUUGGAGAAGGCCGACAUCCUUGAGUUAACCGUUAACCAUCUUACAAAGUUGCACAGCCCGAAGGACCCGGUCGUGGAGGCGAAGAAAUUCCAAGCGGGGUUCGGACAUUGCGCCGCCGAGGCGUGCCGGUUUAUCAUGUCCGUGCCUGACUUAGACGCGAACGUCAGCCAGAAUUUAAUCAACCACUUAUCGAGACUGAUAACGGCGCAGCCUUUAACAAUCCAAGUACCUGAUAGGCCUAACUUCUCACCACCCGCUUCGCCGUCAUACGUCAUUUCAGACAGGCAACAGUACUACAGCGAUCACGAAAGAUCUUCAUCGGACGCCGAAGACUCCUUAUAUUCCGGAGACGGCGGGUCUAAAUCGUGGUCAUACAAUAGACCCAGUCCUAAAAUCACACAAAAAAGUUCGGGCCUACUCACAACAGUAGACAAGCUCGUCGUACCGAAUCACGGCACAGAUGCAUCCAACGCCCCUGUCAAUGCACAAAGGAACGCAUAUUUCAACCGAGUGCCACCCGAGGCUAAGGAUAUUAUCCUGCAAAAAAUCCGACAACACAUAAUGGACAAACGAGGCAACGAGAAUUACGAUGCGAACGUGCGGCCCGAGUUAACAGAAACUAAGUAUUUACACAGAAACGACGCUUACAAAAGCGAGUUUCCGUAUCAGUAUUCUUUAGCCGAUAUCCCCUUGAACAAUGACACGUUAGAUCUCAGAAAGGUUAGAUCGCCGAUGAAAUCAACGGAGGCACAUUCGCCGAAAAAGUCGGUUCCUUACCUAGGAUGUAAUCAACCGGAGACACCUUUGAGCGAGAGCAAAGAAGUGGCGGCAAAUCUUCCGGAACAAUGCGAAUUGCCGAUGGAUUACAGCAACUUGCCGCCAAAAAAGAAAAGGAAAUUGCUCGAGUAUCAAGAGUAUAAAAAGCAGGAGGCGGCGAGACGUCAGCACGAGGGUUUUUACGGCGAGAAAAAAGAUCGUCAAGAGGACAGACCGCCGGCAGACGAGGAGAGCAAGUGGCGCCCUUGGUGAUGGCGUUUUUUCUCGCAUUACUUACUUAUUGUGAUAUUUAUAGUUUCUUCCAUGAAAAGCUUUAAUUCGAUUUAAUUUAUAUUCUAUGUAUAGUGAUAGUCUGUGCCUUGUGUGUACCUAGAUUAAGAUAAAUUACAUAAUAGUUAGUUUAUGAAUGUUUGUAAUAUGUUAUAUUUAUGUGCCAUUGAUUGGAUCUCGAUGUCUUCCUAUAAACAUAAAUUUGUAGUCUUCCAAAAGAUUGAUGCGUUAUGUACGCGGUUCAGGAAGUGUUUUUGUAUGCCUUUAAUGUAACAAACAACAAGAAAAUAAUAAAACGAAUUUACUGAA